AUGGCUUCUCUUAUCCCUAACAUCCUGCCCAAGGAUCCCCACAACCAAAUUACCAUUGCAGGAGUAACUAUAGUUCUCCUUAUUGGCGUUAUCUUCGCCAUAAAUUCAUAUGCAUCGAAAGAAGACGAGGAGAAUCCGAGUGCCUUGACCUCGUUUCUGCGAUUCUUCUAUGCCUCGUUUCUGAAACCCCAUACCGGAGACGGUACCGGGAAUGGCCAGCAAGAUGCUCUUGAGAGCUUCUACAAGGCUCAGGCCGGCGUGUACGAUGCAACGAGAGGAAGGCUGUUGCGCGGUCGUGAAGACAUGCUGGGAUUGGUAGCGGCGCAACUGGUCCAAAAGGCUGGGAGUGAUAGCAAGCAGGACACCAAGCGUAUCUGGGUAGACAUCGGUGGUGGCACGGGCUGGAACAUUGAAGCGAUGUCAGAAUUUGUCUCCGUCCCAGAGUUUUUCUCCAGCGUCUAUCUUGUCGACUUCUCUCCAUCUCUUUGCGAGGUAGCUCGGAAACGAUUUACACGAUUGGGGUGGAAGAAUGUCAAGGUCAUCUGUCAGGAUGCGAGGACUUUCCGGCUCGAGGAUCAUGAACCUGGUGCUGCAGGUGCUGUUGGACUCACUCGCUCAUCGAGCAUGGGCUACUUCGACAGUGAGCGUCCAAGUGUCGGCGGUGCAGAUCUCAUUACCUUGUCCUACAGCCUGUCGAUGAUUCCCGAUUUCUACUCUGUCAUCGAUUCGCUCACCUCGCUGCUUGCACCAACUGGCAUUAUCGGAGUUGUCGACUUCUACGUUCAGUCAAUCGUUGAUCUGAGCUGCAGGAAUUACACUGGUGGAGUCAUCAAUCGCCACGUGAACUGGUUUGGCAGGCUCUUCUGGCGAGCUUGGUUCGACGUCGACCGCGUUGGGCUCGAGGCUGGUCGUCGUGAUUACCUCGAGUAUCGUUUUGGUACUGUACUGAGUGCUGAUUCUCGGAACUAUCUGCUUGGCUACAUCCCUUACUAUAUCUGGCUUGGGUGUCCGAAGAAGCCCUCGUCUGUCGGCACUCCCAAUUAUCCCCACGAGAUCGUCGAACGCCUGGACGCGGCUGUGACCGAGUCUCCUUACCUCUCCCCUAUCAACCACACAAACGCACUGUCUCGUACCGUGGAGAGGUCAACACCUCCCGAGAUCCGUUCCAAGGCCUUCGAUGCAGCAAUCGUCAAUCUCUCAUCAAAUCUCCCGCUCCCAUCAUUCUUUUACCAGAAUAACCACUGGCGGAUCCAUUAUGAUGACCAGCUGAAGAAGCACACUCAAUUCAAGAAUGAAUACAUCUACGCAUUCACCUGGGAAGACUCCAGAGUCGACCAACGCCUUCUCAAGCUAGGUCCCGAAGACAUCGUAUUGGCCAUAACCUCCGCAGGGGAUAACAUUCUCUCAUACGCUCUCAACUCACCAGCUCGCAUACAUGCCGUUGAUCUCAAUCCAAAUCAGAACCAUUUGCUGGAACUCAAAGUGGCAUCUUAUGCUGCGUUGCCCUACGCUGACUUCUGGAAGCUCUUCGGCAUAGGCAAACAUCCAAAUUUCCGUUCGUUGCUCAUCUCCCGUCUCUCACCAUAUCUGUCCUCAAGGGCAUUUCAAUACUGGCUCAGUAAUACACAUGUCUUCACCGCAACCCGUUCCAAAGGUCUUUACGAGACUGGCGGGUCUCGACAUGCAAUUAGAGUCGUGCGUCUUCUGUCUACCGCACUUGGGUUCAAGUCCGAAGUCAAGAAGCUCCUGGAAGCCAAAACGCUCAACGAGCAGCGAGAAAUUUGGACCAAGAAGAUCCGUCCCUUCAUGAUGUCCCGUCUACUUGCCUAUCUGGUCGUCAGCCAAGAGAAGUUCCUGUGGGCUGCUCUCGGAGUUCCUCAUAACCAGCUCGCCAUGCUGGAAGCCGAUCAUAUCGCCUCUGAAAGCUUGCCUGGAAAAUCCCCCUCGGCCUCUCCGCUCGAGCACUCUGAGAAGGAGCUGAAGUCAAGCAAAGGACGAGCUGUUUGGGAAUACAUGGUUCAAACCCUCGAUCCUGUCGUGGAAACUACUCUGAUUGGGGAAGAUAAUCCAUACUACCUUGUCUGCCUCCAAGGAUGCUAUUCUCAACGGUGCCAUCCCGACUACCUGAAGCCAAAAUCCCACCAGAAGCUAUCCCGCAAGGGAGCAUUCGACGGGCUCCGUAUCCACACUGAUGAGAUCAAUGAGGUAGUCUCCAGACUGACUCCCGGCACGCUUACCGUCGCCGUCGUGAUGGAUAGCAUGGAUUGGUUCGACCCCGGAUCCGAAGCCGCUGCUCUGCAGAUCGAAAAACUGAACCGCGUGCUCAAACUUGGCGGCCGCGUCAUGUUACGUUCAGCAGCCUUGACGCCUUGGUACAUCUCAACCUUUGAGUCUCUGGGCUUCCAGCCAAAGAGAGUUGGUGCCCGCAUUGCAGGAGCCUGUAUUGAUCGAGUCAAUAUGUACGCAUCCUGCUGGCUACUCACAAAAAUCGAGAACCUCGAGCCCUCGACCCCCAAGACAGAAAGCCGAAAUGGAUCAGUAGAGCUCGAAAGAUUAGAGAUCUGAGAUCUUGCAGGGAGGGAGGGGGAUAGUUGAAGAAGGCGAGAGAGGUGAUCGUGUGGAAGUAGCAUAUCUAAGAAUUAGUCCCAUCAGCGUCGUCGUUCUUCGUUCGUCUAUG